AUGCCGCCGCGUCUGAGUAAGAGACAACAACGCGAACAAGAUGAGCUGCUCAGCCUCUCUACAAAAUCUUCAGCGCAUGAAACUCCCGAUGAGCCACAACCAGUAGAGUCCAGCGAAGACGAAGGUUCAGUUGUGAGGCCUAAGCCUGCAGGGUUCUCCGCCCUAGCUCAGCCAGAGGUAAUCGAGGAACCUGAAGAGGAAGUGGCAGAUGCUCCACAAAAGACAGGUAAGAAAAAGAACAAGAAGAAAAAGAAGAAAGAGAUAUUAAAUGUCGGUGCAGCUACAUCGCCUCCGAUUUCUCCUCAACCCCAGCAAGCGAAGGCAAAGAAGGAUGCUGGAAAGGGAAAGGGAAAGGUCGACGAUGGAGAUGAGUUGGACAAAGCACUUGCUGAAUUAUCUGUGAAAUAUCCGGAUCUUCAACAUGUCGCACAAUCUGCAAGGGGAGGUUCAUCAGCACAAUCUUUCUCAGUGAAACAGAACGCUCUACUCGCCGUGUCCCUGGCUCAUUUGGACAGUGAGGCGGAGAUGAGGAGGUUUUUUGGAUCUAAAGUCAUCAGUGCGUCGAGAGCACAAGAUAAACAGCCUCGUGGUGCUCGGGCAGCUGUGAAAGGUCUCAAAUCAAAUCUCACAAAGCCACAGGCAACAUGGUGGUCCGCAUCGCAACGGGAGGGACUUUCGAUUCGUCCUUUAACUGAAAGCGAGGUCAAGGACAAAGCGGAUCGUAGCAAAAUACAAAUUCAAGAGAAAGGUGAACGCUGGUGGACUGUUGGCUAUUCAAAGAGGUAUCGUAAUGUAACGAAGGCAUUCAUAAGUGCUGUAUUGUCAGGAGAUCCGGAACGAUUGUACCGAAUUUUGUCGAAGCUACCAUGGCACGCCGACACGCUGCUACAGAUCUCGGAAAUAUAUCGACAUCGGGAGGAACACUCGUCAAGCGUCGAUUUCUUGAAUCGGGCUCUUUUCACUUAUGAGCGAAGUUUUAUUGGAGCCUUCGCGUUCACUGCUGGCAUCAAUCGACUUGACUUCGAUCACGUCGAGAAUCGGCCAUUCUAUCUCGCACUUAGCCGAAUGGUAGCGGAUUUACAGCGUCGCGGAUGCUCACGUACCGCUUUUGAGUUCGCUCGACUUCUUCUUUCGCUUGACCCAUACACCGAUCCGCACGGUGCGCUUCUGUUUCUUGACUUUCUUGCGGUCAGGUCAGGCAUGCAUGAAUGGCUUGUAUCGUUAUGGGACCUACACAACGCUCAGGCAGAAAUGGACAACGAUAUACUGGACACGUGGAACAGGUUUAACGUGACGAUUCUGCCAGGAUGGUCCUAUGCAAGAGCCCUAGCGCUUCGUGUCACGGAGGAUGUGAAGAAACAGAGUCAUGAGGAUAGCACCAGGGCACUUGAGGAGGCUAUCCUGAGCUUUCCCGCUGUUGUACCCCUCUUGGCGGACAAGAUCGAUGUGUACCUACCCGGAGAACUCCGGGGUCAUUCAGACUUUAGAGUGCAUGUCGAUUCCAGCUCUUUAACCCAGUACGAACCUCUCAUUCACUUACUGUCCCAUCUAUACGCGCAUCGGUCUUUUUCACUAUGGAAAGCGUCAGACAAGGCCGAAUGGCUCAAGGAGACAGCACUUUCAGUAUUCAAUUCUUACGAUCUAAAGAAACCGAAUGCUUUAUACGAGAGAUUCUGCAAGCAAUUCAAGGUGGGCAACGACUCUCGCUCAGCUCCGACCCCGCAAGACCUUUACCGUUCCGACCUUGCACGCUCAAUAUUCCGUCAUGUUGGUGCACUCGCAGACGCAAAUACGACACGCCGUCUCACGGCAUUCUUCCCCCGCGACAUUCUUGACGCUCCAGCUUUGAGCUGCGACCCGCUGCCUCCGCAUACCGCGGUUUCACAUUACAACGAUGAAUUCUUCGCCGAUUGCGAAGACGUAUUUGCAUUCCGGCCGAGGACGCGGCGUGAGCGUGAGAUUGACGCGCGAAAUUUAGCUCGGAUGAUCCCUGAUGCGAACGUCCGCCACCAAUUACAGGUGAAGCAAAUUCGCUUUUCGUAUCUCGAUUGUAUUAUAAAAUUAACUCGCUUAUGUUCCUAUUCGUACACGCACAUUCCGGUGGCUGUACAGGCCUUAUACGAUGCCCGCCCCGACAUUCAGCGGCAGUUUCCUGAAGGUGUAACGCAAUUCGCGCAGGUUGCUGCGCAGCUGGGCGAAGAUUUCUGGGACAACCUUCUUCCUCAGAUUAUUGGUGACGUCGGUGAUGUCGAGGCGAGGGGCGGGAUGCCGGGUCAGUUCGUUGAUCUAGAGUUCCCCGAUGAGAAUGCCGAAGCGGAACAUCGCGUCGGUUUAGAUGCUGCUGCACAAGAUGAGCAAGAGGUGGAAGGCGGUGACGGUGAUGUCACUACAAAUCUUGAUGCCGAGGAAGAAAGUAGCGACGACGACGAAGAGCCUGUGCAGACGUUCCCAGCUCGCAUAUGGCAGAAUUUGGUAAAUCGCUUUUGGGGUGGUUCCGCACCAGCUCGUGGAGGAAAUGAUGGGAGCGAGACGGAUGAUGACGAGUCAAACUAG